CGUAAUAUAAUGAGUUUGGAAAAUUCAAAUGAAGAAAUCAAUACCAGUACAGCCAAAGAUGAGUUAAUACCCGUAACUAAAAGAGAAAUAGUAGGAUGGUAUAUUCUUUGUGCAGCUAACGGGAUUUAUAGCGGUGCUCCAAUAGGAGUACUCAUUCCUUUAUUCCUUGAGAAUCUUGCUGGUCGGGCUGGAUACGAGCUUGACAAAAAUUGUAGAGUCCUUCGAUUUGCUCCAGACCAAAUAAUCAUUCAAGAAUUAACAAAUUAUAUAUUGAUUUUAGAUUUGCAAAAAAGAUUCUCCUUGGUUUAUGGCUUGUCUGCUUAUGAACCUUUCUUAAAAAAUUUCUACAGAAUUAUAUUUAUUGGCUGGUCUAUUCGCUAUUAUAUCGUAAGUAUAAUAAAUUGUUGUUUUGGAGCAGCAAACAUCUUUUCUACGGCAUAUAUCUCAAUGUUUUCACGAAUUCAUCCGAAGGUCAUAGAAGCAAAGCAUUCUGAUGUGUCUAUUACCGAAAUCAAAAAAUUGGAAGACAAUAUGACUGUUAAUUUAUCAUCUCAUUCAUCGGUUAUAACAACUUUUUUUAUAAUGUUAGUAAUGUUUGCAGUUGGUGGAAUUCUUGCAUUAUUACAAAGUUCGUUAUAUGGCAUUCAAGUCGCAUUAGCUUUUUCAGGAUUUUGUUGGCUGAUUUUAUUGAUUUUUCCGACAAUAUGGUUAACUAAUAGGCCAAAACCUCCUUUACCGAUUGGAGAAAAUUAUAUAUUAUACUCAUGGAAACGUGUGGGAAAAAUAAUAUUAUCAACUAGAUCUCUCUGGCAAACAAUAAAACUCCUAGUUGGUUGGUUUCUCAUAUCAGAUAGUGUAAACACAUUAGGUGUAGUCGGUGUUCUGUUUGGUAAAAAGCAGCUUGGAAUGACUGAUGCUGAAAUUACACUAAUUACACCACUAGUUCCAGUAUUCGAAAUAAUAGGCGUAUAUCUAUUACUCUAUCUACAAAAAGUAUUUCAUUUGAGUGAGAAGACAAUCGUUAUAAUGUCUUCAGUAUUUACAUGUAUAUUGCCACUAUAUUCGAUAUUAGGAUAUUGGUUGCCAUUCGGAUUAAAUAACAAAUGGGAGAUUUGGUUGUUUUGGAUAUGGUACGGAAUAUCUAUUGGUACAAUAUUUAAUUAUUGUCGAGCUCUCUUUGCUAUUAUGAUACCUAUAGGACAUGAAAACGAGUUUUUUUCUUUAUAUCAGAUUACUGCAAAGGGUUCCAGUUGGUUAGGGACUAUUAUAUCAGGUGCAAUUGUAAAUUAUUCUCAUAAUUUAAGGGAUCCCUUUUGGUUUUUAUUCGCUGUAUCUUUUUUGCCUGUUUUAAUAUUUUUCACGAUUAAUGUCGAGAAAGGUAAACAAGAGUCUGAAAAGUAUUCUAAUAUAGAAUAG